AUGGGGGCUUUACUUUCUCAAUACCUAGAGGAGACUAGAAAGGAGAAUGCAAUAUACUACAUCAGCAAGAAGAUGUUGCCUCAUGAGGAAAAGUAUUCACCAUUAGAGAAGACAUGUGUAGUACUUGUAUGGGCAACCCGCAAACUCAGACAUUAUAUGCUUGCCUACAAGAAAUAUGUGAAAGAGAGAGCAAUUGCUAAUCACUUAGCCCAUUGUUCACCAGAAGAAGCUGGAGAGAUCCAAGGAGACUUUCCGGAUGAAGACAUCAUAGGGAUUGAGGUAGAAUCAUGGAAGAUGUACUUUGACAGAGCCAUAAAUCAAAAUGGAAGUGGGAUUGGAGUUCUCUUAAUUUCUCCAAAAGGGACACAUAUUCCAUUUUCUGGUAGACUCAACUUUCUUGCCACCAACAAUGCCACUAAAUAUGAGGCUUGCAUCAUAGGGUUACAAGCAGCCCUAGGCCUUAAAGUGAAAGAGUUGGAGAUAUACAGAGACUCAGCUUUGAUAAUCUUUCAGAUUUAG